UCAGGAGCCAUCUGUAAGAAAACUAUGCCUGCAUUGGAUUGGAUUCCUUCCUUACUCCCCUGCCUUCAGCAGUAUUAAAUGUAUGACCGUGCAAUUAUAAGAUGGUUUCUCUGCAAAAGAAAGAGCAGCAGACAAGGAUUCUCAGCUCAGAAGAAGAGGAGAAACUGAAAAAAGACCAGACUUUAGUAUCUGAAUUUAAACAGCAAAAGCUGGAAAAAGAGGCCCAGAAAAAUUGGGAUCUUUUUUACAAGAGAAAUAGUACUAAUUUUUUCAAAGAUAGACACUGGACCACCAGAGAGUUUGAGGAACUGAGAUCAUGUAGGGAGUUUGAAGAUCAAAAGCUGACUAUACUUGAAGCCGGAUGCGGUGUUGGUAAUUGUUUAUUCCCACUUUUAGAAGAAGAUCAAAAUAUCUUUGCCUAUGCCUGUGAUUUUUCUCCAAGAGCAGUCGAAUAUGUCAAGCAGAAUCCUUUAUACAACACAGAAAGAUGCAAGGUUUUCCACUGUGAUCUGACGAAAGAUGACCUUCUGGAACAUGUGCCCUCAGAAUCGGUCGAUGUUGUCACAUUGAUAUUUGUGCUCUCUGCUGUACACCCAGAAAAGAUGCACCGAGUCUUACAAAACAUUUACAAGGUUUUAAAACCAGGCAAGAGCGUGUUAUUUCGUGACUAUGGGCUCAAUGAUCAUGCCAUGCUGAGGUUUAAAGCCAGCAGCAAGCUUGGAGAAAACUUUUAUGUGCGACAAGACGGGACCAGAUCAUAUUUUUUCACUGCUGAAUUCCUGGCACGGCUUUUCACGGAUUUGGGCUAUGAAAAAGUGGUCAACGAGUAUGUGCUUCGAGAGACUGUGAAUAAAAAGGAGGGGCUGUGUGUGCCCCGAGUUUUCCUACAGAGCAAAUUCCAGAAGGUACCAAAGACUCCUCCCACUUCCGAGGCCCCUAGCCCCAAGUCUGAUAUUUUGCAGAACUGAGCU